AUGGAUCAAGUAAUGACAAGAUCUAGUAGUACAGAAGAUCUCUGUUCAAUAGAUACAAUAGAUGCGGAUAAUACAUUAUCAUUACCUAUUCAUCAAAUAGAUCCUGGAGAUGUUCAUAAUCAAAAUAAAGAACUUCAAAAACGAGUAGAAGAAUUAACUAAACAAUUAAAAGAAAGUAAAUCAUCUGAAAAACGUGCUAAUGAUGAAUAUGAGAAAUAUUAUCAAAUGUAUAAUCGUACAAACGAACGUUUUGUUACAUUUGAACGUAAACAAUUAGAUCAAAUGCAUCGUAUAUUAAAUAAACUAACAAUAGAUCAACAUAGAACAUUUGCUGUAAAUCAAGAUAAUUAUCUACGUCCACGUCGAGCUUUUACUAAUCCUUCUACAUCUAUUUUAUUACCAUCUUUAUCAAAUCAAGAUCAAGAAGAUAUAAAUUCAACAGAAACUGAUUUAAAUAAAACUGAAAACGAAUGGACAGCUUUACUGACACAGAUAUCCGAUAUAAUGGAAUUUUCAGAAAAAUUUACUGAUAAAUAUUCUCAACAAACUGAUGAAAAUAAUCAAUUACGUUUAUUAAAUCAUCAAAAACAAGAUGAAAAUAUCAAAUUACUUUUUGAUAUAUCAUUAAUAAAAGCUGAAUAUGAACAAGAACAACAAAAACGUCAUCAAGUCGAACAUCAAUUUGAUGAAGUUAAUAAAGGCAUCGAACAAGAUCGAUCCAAACGUUUGCAAAAAUUAAGAAAUUAUGCAACAUUAGCUGAUGAUGAAGGCGACAUAUUGUUAUCAAGUUUAAUGAAGAAAGCUGAAAAAAAUGAUACUGAUUUUCGUGAGAUAAAAGUACAUUAUGAAAAUUUAUUUAUGGAACAAGUUAAUCAAACAAAAAAGUUAAUCAAAGAACGUGAAUUAUCACAAUUACAUAUUCAAAGACUUGAACAAGAAAAUAUUCUACUUGCUUCAAGAACAAAUAAUGAUGAAACAAUUAAAUUAUUAACUUAUUCAUCUCAAACACCAACUUCAUAUGAUGAAGCAUGUAAUUUAAUAACUCAAUUACGCGAACAGAUUAUUCAACAAAUUAAAAUUCAAGAUACACUUAAAAAUGAUAUCCAACAAUUACAACAUUGUCAUGAAACUGAUAUACAAGAACGAAAAGAAAUGGAAGAAUUAUUUAAUAGAGAUUUAACUGUUGCUAAAGAUGAAAUUCUUGCUUUACAAAGUCUACGAGAUGAAUAUGAACAUAUAGUAAAUCAUAAAAAAGAUCUUGAAAAACAACUCGAAGAUCGUAUUAAUGAAUUAUCAACAAUAAAAACUGGAACUACAUCAUUAACAAAUGAAUUUAAAGAAAAACUUGAACGAAUUAAUUCAGAAAAAGAAAAGCUUAAUGAAGAUAAUGCUGGAUUACGUAUUCAAGUACAUAAAUUAAAAAUGGAUUAUGAAAAUAGUGAAUCUGUUCAACAUGAUUUUGUUAAACUUUCACAAUCAUUACAAGUUCAAUUAGAAGAAUUUCGAAAUUCUCAAUAUGAAUUACGUUGGCAACCUGAAGAAGAUUUUCCGGAUUGUCAACGUUGUCAUACAUCAUUUUCAGUUACUUGGAGAAAACAUCAUUGUCGUCAUUGCGGUAAAGUUUUAUGUAAGGAUUGUACUAACAAAACUGUUUAUUCUGGUCCAAAUAAUCGACCUUCUCGUGUAUGUGAUGUAUGUUAUACAUUAUUGGAAAAACAUGCUCAACCGUAUUUUCUUACUGCUAUGCCGAAAUAUUGA